CCUAUGGAAAGCCAGCAGCAGCAGAAUCUCCAGCCCAGCCUCGUGCGACUGAGCUGUCGUUAAGGAGUGUACAGGAGUGGAGUGAAGCGAGGUGGCGUUGAGGGGAGUGGAGAGUGUCGACUGGGUACGGAGCAUCUUGCACAGCGAAGGAUCCCCCCGCAUCUGCCUUCUGCCUCGGAUGCCAAAUCUCUCCUGCACAGAGCAGCAGCCACAGCAGCCUGCUGCAUAUGAACGCCCCCUUCCCCCGCCUUGCUUCUGACUCAGAAUAAUUUUGCCCCCAGCAUGCCUCAUGUGCCACGGCACGACGCGUCGUCGUCAGCGGCAGCAGUAACAGCGCUCUCACCUUCAUUCGGCACCGGAGUCGGAGGCAGCAACACAGAAGCGGAUCCGCCCGGGGCAAUGGGAGACACCAGCGCAAGCGCCAGUGCGCACGCAACGCCGAGCGCCGGAUCUAGCGAUGUACAGCAGAGUCUGAAGGCGUUCCAGCGCGCAUACAAGGCCUGCGACGCCUGCCGCUUCCGCAAGGUGCGCUGCGACCUCGGCAGCGUCGAGCAGCCUCUCGACCCGCCCUGCCGCCGCUGCCGCCGCGAGCGCCGCGACUGCACGUUCGACAAGGGCACGCGAGGCAGGCCCAAAGGCGGACUCGCGCAUGCCAACGUGUUUGAACAUGGAGUCGGACAUGGACAUGCGUAUGCCGAUGGCAGCGGAAAUGGUAAUGGAAGUGUGCCCACGCCUGCUGCGUGGAGCCAUCUGCCACCAAAUGCUGCGCGCGGCGGAGCGUCUGGAUCCACUUCUUCGUCUUCGCAGAUGCUCCCACCGCCUCAAAAGACGUUCAGCGCGGGUGAACUAAGCGCCACGGCUGCGACCGGCCAGAGUCCCUCGCAGCACGAUCCGUGGCACCCGGCAUACCCCUCUUCCCAUCAUCAUCACCACCACCACCAGAAGCCAGCGAUGGGCCGCUCCCAUUCAUCCAGCAGCAUCCCCUCCGCUGCGCCCUCUGCGCUCUCGCCGCCGAUGUACGCUCCGAAUAGCGGCAGCGGCGGCACACAGAACGCUGUGGGCCUCGCCCAUCGCAGCAGCGGCGCAGGGGCAAACAGCAGCGACGCCGCCGGGAGCGAUACGUCAUCGCCGACCGCGCAUGCGAGUCUGGCACUGAUCAACCUGCGCAACAGCAGCGAGGCUAUGAAGGCGCUCACCACCGUCGGCGUCAGAGAGGUUAUUGCCGCCGCAGAGUCGCCUGUGCCCACCACUGCUGGAAAAGGACCUGGCACCGGUGCUGCAGCGGGGUCACCCGCGGCGAGCGAGCGCAGUGCGGCCUCCGAUGCCACCGCCAAUGCCAAUGCCAGCGAUGCCGCAAGCAGCGCAAGGAAGAGGAAAUGUGCGUCGGCCACCGGUGCGGGUACGGCCGAGGAGGAGAAAGGACGAGCGACGUUGAGCAAGACCCGGCGAGCUGAUGCCGGCGCUGCUCCGAGGACUUCGACGUCCGCGUCGAUUUCCAUUGCUAAUGGCGUUAAGACGGUUCCAGGCGUACCAGCUGCUGCACAUGCGGGUCCUUCGUCCGCCGUUUUUGCCUCCGCCGUCCAGCACGCAUACGCAAACGUUACGCAUGUCAAGCCCAAGCGCCUUCAAGACUGGAGGGACUUUGAGCCAGUUCGUUUGAAGAUCAUCAAGGCUUCUGAGACAAGAUAUCUAUUCAAAUACUUCUUCCAACACAUCCACAGCUUCUCGCCGCUCUGCUCCGAAAGAUACAUGCGCAAUACAAAAGAGUCGCGCUCAGAGCUCAUCAGCCGUGAGCCGCUCUUGCUCGGCGCCAUCCUUUCCAUCGCCUCGCGCUUCUGUAUCGGCCCGGACCAAGACGCCGCGGCAAACGCGCUCGAUGGACACGAUGGGUAUAGGGCGAAGCAGGCGGCGCAUUCCGCCGAUGGAACGAGCAGCGGUGGAGGCGGCGCCAAGGUCCUGUCCGCAGCAUCGGUCGCGGCGGAAAAAGCGAGUUUCGGGCUCGAGUUGCAUCAGCGUAUCUCGCACUGGACGCACCAGCUCGCUGGGCGUGUGCUCGUCGACUGCAGCCUGCACUCGGUCGGCAGCGUCGAAGCACUUCUGCUGCUGUCCGAGUGGUCCACAUGGGGGAUCCAUUCCAAUCGGCAGGAUAUGCUUGCUUCUUCCGACUCGGAGGAAGAUGACGAUGAGGAGGAUGAAGAUGAAGAGAUGGAUGUCGAUGUCGAUGAGCGCGUUCCAGUCGUGCCGCGUCGUCUUUACACGAAUGGGACUGCAGCGGAUGGUGAUGUGGCGCGCAGCUCAGACGCCCCUAGUGACGCCGUUGCUAUUGGUGGUAGCAGCAAGGUGCGCCGAAGAGGCGCCGCAGACGCCUUGGCGGCGUGUGCAAAGAAGGGAGCUCGUGCGUCGCCACGGCGCAAGCGCGAAGCAUCGCGUCCUUCGGCGGACGUAAUUGCCACAACGAUUCAGCGCUUUGACAGCAUGUCGUGGAUGUUUGUUGGUAUGGCCAUCCGCCUCGCCGAGGAGCUGGACUUGCCGAAGCACGAAAAGUGCUUUGGGAUCUACAGCCAGGACCACGCGGAGGUCGAGCAGGCCGAGAGGAGGCUGCGCGUCUGGCUUGACUGCGUGCGCGCUGACACGCAGAUCUCCAUCCGUCUCGGCAGGCGCUUCACCAGCGGUGGGCUCAGUCCCGAAUGGAUGGAGCUGAUGCGCGCUAGGACGUACCGUCUGCCUGACACGGUCGCCGACCCGGCUAUGCCGACCAACGGCUCAUCAAACGGACACAGCACGCACCCCACAGAAGCGGCAGCAGCCGCUGCAGCAACGCACCACCAGCCGAACAAGAACUGCAACUUCACCUUCACGGACGACUUGGUCGGCGCCGCACGGCAGGACCCGGCUGUUAACGAAGCGCGGAAGUGGACGGCGUGGCGCGGACAUGCGGAGCUGGCCAACAAGCUGCGCAAUGUGCACGAUAUGCUCAACGAGUCGGACGCCAGGACGGCGAGCAUGAUGGAAAAUGAUCGCUUCGAGAGCAUCCUGCGGCCUUUCAGGAACGACCUCGACUCCUGGGUCAAGUGGCUUGAGCCGAAAAUCGGCUAUCCGGGCGGGGGCAUGCGCACACUCGACAUCCGCGUCGACUAUCACUUCACGCGUCUGCAGGCAUUCAGAGUGGCCCUCGAUGCUCUGGUCCUGCGAGCGCGCCGUAUUGGGCGACCGGAUGGCCUUGCUGCACUUGGCGAGGGUCUCAGCGACCGUCCGACGUUCCCUUUCGCCAAGGAGAGCGUCGAUGCCGCACGCACGCUUGCCAUCGUCAUCUCUGUCGACUUGCAGAGCCUGCGUUGUGCGCCACCGCGCUUCUUCCUCUACCUCGUGCUUGCCGUCAUGGUGUGCAUGCAGGCGUGCGAGCUAUCGGAAAGCCUGAUGCUUCCGAUGCAGUGCGCCAGCAUCCUGCGCGAUGCCAUCAACGCCCUGAAUUCCGUCGCGGUUGAUGAGCGUCAUCUGGCGAGGCGAUAUGCACUGAUGCUUCGUAAUGCUGGUAAGCGCCUGUUACUCGCCGAGGAGGCUGAGGCGGCCACCGCUACGGCAGCAGCGGGAGCGGGAGCGCGCGCCCGCUCAGAAAGUCAUCUCAUCUCCGACCUCGGCCUUCUGAACGGGCAGCCGCCUCAACACCACCAGCAACAGCAGCAUCAACAGCGCACCCUUGUCCCUACGAUCUCUGUCGCGCCGCGCCCUCCGCAGCCCGCCGCGCCUCCAGUGCAAAUGCAAGGCCCAUCAUUCGCCGACGACGUCCUGGCGCCCACACAUGGCGUGGACCUCGAGGACCUCUGGUCAUGGCUGGGUAACAUCGACCAAGCUGUGCCGUCCGCAUCGACAGAGGAGAGCGUCACGGACGGCACAGCGGAGCAUAUCCUCAGUUUUGACUCCUUGUACGAAGGACAGUCUGCCCCGUUCUUCUUCCCGAAUACGGCACUCAAUCAAUGAUAUAGCCGAACUCAUGCAGCAGUUCUAGGGUAUGACGGAGCUUCCCUAUGUUGUAGUAUAUCGCCGUCGGAUGUGCAGUGCGAACAGAUUCAAG